AUGUCUUCUAUGCUGUGGUUUUCGAAUACCAAAAACCCAUCACGAGAACACAUAGCUGGUGCUUUCGCCUGGCCUCCAGACUUCUGGGGUCUGCCUCCUUCCAGCAAAUCACGUUCUGCACAUGUCUUAAGAUCAUUGCGUAAAAGCAUCAUGAUGGAGUCAAGACAUUGCCACUCGUGCAAACCGGCAGCAGUGUCUGGAGUCCCCUCCACCGGAGGAAUUGGUGAAAUCGCGUCGAACAAGGUGCCUGUGGUGCAGCCAUCGCAUGCAAUUCACCCCCUCACACCUCUCAUCACUUACAGCGAUGAGCACUUUGCACCAGGAGUUCACCCAACACACAUCCCCACAGAUGUCAACUCCAAACGAGGUAUACACAGACACCCUCCAGGUCCUGAAAUGCCCACCUUCUAUCCCCUAUCUCCAGGCGGUGUUGGACAGCUUACCCCUCCUCUCGGAUGGCAAGGUCAGCCUAUCUAUCCAGUUUCAGGUGGAUUCAGGCAGCCCUACCCAACAGCACACCCAGUCAACACUCCCAUAUCUAGGUUUUCACACCACAUGAUGCCUGGCCAACCAGGUCAUCAUGCAACUGGAAUUCCUCACCCAGCAAUUGUCAACCCUCAGAUCAAGCAAGAACCUAUGCAGAAUGAGAGUGAACUAAUGAGCAUGAAACCUCACCACGAAUCUCGGAAGGAACAAGAGGCCAAAAAGCCUCACAUCAAGAAACCGCUCAACGCCUUCAUGUUAUACAUGAAGGAAAUGAGAGCGAACGUCGUGGCAGAGUGCACUCUUAAAGAGAGCGCUGCUAUCAAUCAGAUCCUGGGGAGAAGGUGGCACGCUUUGACUCGUGAAGAACAAGCAAAAUAUUAUGAAUUGGCUCGCAAGGAACGGCAACUUCACAUGCAGCUUUACCCAGGCUGGUCCGCUCGGGAUAACUAUGGAAAGAAGAAGAAGAGGAAACGUGAAAAGAUGCAGGAAGCCACCCCAGGCCACUCGCCGAAACGCCUCCUCCUUCUCCAGCCGGGAGAGCAGGCUGGCAUGUCCACAGACUUCCCCGGGAAUCUCGGCAACGCUGUUCCCUCACCGACCGACAGGAAGUGUGGGGCGAGCCAGAGGAUGUCAAUCUUUUCCUUCCCCCAGAGGUGGAACGUUUCUCUUCCCGGUGGUGCUCCGUCCAGCAGCCCACCUGAAAACUGACCAACCCCACCUCCCCCACCCCACCACCACCACCACCAUCCCACCAACCCCCACCCACCAAAGAAAAUAACCCUCAACCCCACAGAGGAGAACAAUUAUGAGUCGCAACUCUUGAGACUUGGGACCUCACGGUUGGGAUUGAAAUACUCACAGCCGCUCGAGCAAACGGGCGGCUGCUUUCAAGACUCCUUUGUUUUGUAACCUGACCAGACGGCCUGACAAUCUCCCUCCGCGACCCGUCAGGCUUCUCGAUCGAUCGACCGUCCAUCCGUCCGUCCGUCCCAUCAAUUGAGGAGGCCUUCACAUUGGCGGCUGCAUUCUGUGACUGCACUGUACUGUCCCAGUCCAGGAUCAAGAGAGCACCGUCUGUAAAUACAAAGGAAAAGAAGUGGCCAGUUUCUUGAUCAGAGGAGUAAUUUGGCCCAGGCGCUGCAAUGAGGAAUUGAGAAUGGAACGGCCACUGUGAGGGAGACCUUACCUGCCGGGUCUGACUCCCAUCACUCGGCUGCUCUGUUCUCCAUUCCCUGGCUCUGUGCUGUGCCCGUGACGGUCACUGUCGCUCUAGUACUUGAAGAAACAUUGUCAGAAACGAGAUCGGAGAAUAUUAAGAUAUUAUUAUAUUGUGCGGUUUUUCGAGUGAAUAGUUAUAAACAGAAAAGGAGACGUGUAUAUUCCUCCUUUCCUCCCCCGGGACUGCUCUCGGGCUCCCACCUUUACGCUCACUAUUGAGGUCCACCUUCUAGAGCCGGCCUCGCUGGUAGGAAGUGUGCUUUAGAGAGGGAUUGGGGCUGACUGUUCCUAUCAGGCUCUUAUUCCCUUAACUAGCAGCCUGGCCGAGAGCAAGCAAGGUUCCUGACGUUACCCUGACUCUUGUCCGUUUUGGGACUCCAGGGCUCUUUCAUCCAAGCUCCCUUUGUAAGGUUUUCUUUUAUAACUGGAAUCCAUGGCCUCAGUGUUUAAAUGAGUAUUUGAUUUGACCAUAACUUACACCUACGCUUUUUGCAGCAAAACAAAAGGGCAACAUUUCACAUCACAGCCACAGUGGGGAAUUCUCCCGAGUAAAGCUUUCCGCAAUCCGAGGUGGUAACCACUCAUUUCUUUGAAAGCAGGGGCUUGUGAAGAUAUGGCAAUGGAAAUAUGAAAAUAAAAUUUUAAAAAAAAACACACACACAAAA